AUGCACCAGGGAAACAAACAAGGGCUGUGUGCAGGGGUCAAUCGGAGGUCCUAUCCUGUGGAACCUUUUGCUGGAUCCAUUAUUACAAGAACUGGAGAAAAAAAGGAAAUACGCGCGGGCCUUUGCAGACGACAUUGUCCUGGUUGUGUGUACGGAGACACAGCAGCUGAAGUCUCUAGAGACACUAACGCCGCCCUCGCGCAUGUCCAGAACUGGAGAGACAAAAAUGAACUAAAAUUUGCACCACACAAGACCUGCGCAAUGGUAAUAACAAAGAGGCUUAAGUACGACACACCAAUUCUGAACAUGUCAGGGAUAAAUAUCACCAUGGUGCGGAGUAUGAAACUGCUGGGUCUCAUAAUAGAUGACAGACUGACUUUUAACAAACUUGUAGAACACGUAUUUAAAAAAGUCGCCGACAUCUACAAGCAGUUAGCGCGGGCAGCUAGGGUCAGCUGGGGUCUACACCGGGACAUAAUACACACCAUCUACACAGCUACAAUAGAGCCAAUCGUUACUUAUGCAGCCAGCGCCUGGGCUCCCGCUACAAAAAAGCUGGGGAUACGGAAGAAGCUAGGCAGCAUCCAGCGAGGAUUCGUCCAGAAGCUUUGCAAGUCUUACCACACGGUCUCUCUAAACUCAGCGCUAGCACUCUCCGGAAUACUUCCUCUGGGCUUGCGCAUACAGGAGGCAACCGCAUUGUAUGAAGCAAGGGGAGGGUCAUCCCAGUUUGUGCCGGGAGAUAGAGAGAUUGAGAGGGUGGUGAGAUUUGCGGAAACUUCCCACCCUGCCGAACAAAUGGAUCUAGGGUUCGUGUGCCUCGCAGACCAACAGCUAGUGGACAGCUACAAUAUGCAAACAGUGAGAAUAUUCACUGACGGCAGCAAGAUUGAGGGGAAAGUUGGAGCCGCAUUAUCCAUUUGGGAUAAUGAAGGCGAAACCCAGAAUCUCAAGCUUAGCCUCGCCAGGUAUUGCACUGUCUACCAGGCGGAACUUCUGGUCAUUUGCAAGGCAACCGACGUCAUCCUCCAACGCAAUGAGACGAGCUAUGGCUUGUAUAGCGACUCAAUGUCCGCACUGCAGUCGCUGACAAGUCAUGGCUCGCUCCAUCCCCUGGCAGUACGCGCGAGGACCAAUUUGGCUUUGGCAUCGAGUCAGAGCAAAGCUGUCGCCUUGUUCUGGCUCAAGGCCGCAGGGCAGCCGGGGAAUGAGCGGGCGGAUGAGCUGGCUAAGGAGGCAUCAUUGGGGUUGCGGAGGAGGUCAGACUACGACCUGUGUCCGAUUUCAUUCAUCAGGCGACAGACCCGUAUGGAUUCGCUCGGUGAGUGGAAUCGGAGAUAUGUGUCGGGCGAGACCGCCUCGGUAACGAAGAUGUUUCUUCCGGAUGCUAUUGUGGCUUUCCGUAUUAUAAGACAGGUGCGGCCAACAGGCGUGCUCACAAAAAUCAUGACGGGACACGGUGGUUUCUCCGAAUACCUGCACCGAUUCGGGUGUAAGGAGAACCCAGCGUGCAACUGUGACGAAAAGGAGACUGUUCCGCAUCUGAUCCUGCACUGUCCUAUAUACGCCUUUGAAAGACUUAGGGCGGAGCGGGAACUGGAUGUGGAAAUAAUUAGUGAAAACAUAGGUCUAAUUAUGAAAAGUAAAAACAGAAAUACAUUCCUAACCUAUUGCGUAAAUAUAGCUGAAAAGGUGAUUAAAAAGAAUAAGACAUUGAAAAACCAUGCUUUGUAUUAUCAAUACAUAGUAUAA